CUCUACUAUCGCAGUAGGCUGGACGAGUCGCACUCACGGACGAAAAAAAAAAAUAAAAAAAAGAACCGACUGAUCGACCUAAACUCGGACUCCAAACUUUCUCCUAACACAAAUACCUCGAAGAAAUGGAGCUGGGAUUAUGGAAGUAAAGCCCGGGGCGCGUGCGAUGGAGAUUUUAUUGCUGGAACUGCUGCUUUGGUGUAGUCUGACUGUGAGUCGCGGUUCUCCCUUGCUGCUCUUUGCAAACCGGCGAGAUGUCCGACUAGUGGAUGCAGAGGCAGGCCGGUCAGAGUCCGCCGUGGUCGUCAGUGAUCUGGAGGACGCUGCAGCGGUUGACUUCCUUUUCUCGGAGGGUCUGAUAUUCUGGACUGAUGUCAGUGAAGAGGCCAUUAAGCAGGCCCACUACAACCACUCUUCUAUCUCUAUGAAGGAUGCCACACUGGGCAAAGGGCAGACAGUGGUGAUAUCAGGUCUGGAUUCACCCGAUGGCUUGGCCUGCGACUGGCUCGGUCACAAACUCUACUGGACCGACUCCGAGACGAACCGCAUUGAAGUGGCCAACCUGGAUGGUACCUCUCGCAAGGUGCUCUUCUGGCAAGAUCUUGACCAACCAAGGGCAAUUGCACUCAACCCUGCCCAUAGGUACAUGUAUUGGACGGACUGGGGGGAGGAGCCGAGAAUAGAAAGGGCGGGCAUGGAUGGCAGCAAUCGGCAAAUCAUUGUGCAGAAGCAAAUUUAUUGGCCAAAUGGAUUGACCAUCGAUCUCGAGGAGCAGAAACUCUACUGGGCAGAUGCCAAACUCAGCUUCAUCCACAGAGCCAACUUGGAUGGAACUGAUCGGGAGGCUGUUGUGGAGGGAUCCCUCACCCAUCCUUUCGCCCUCACUCUUUACGACGAAACGCUCUACUGGACCGACUGGCAGACCCGCUCCAUCCACGCCUGCAACAAGCGCACCGGAGAGAACCGAAGAGAAAUUCUUGGCGGCAUUUACUCGCCGAUGGAUAUCCAGGUCCUGGGCCAAGAGAGGCAGCCCAACAUUCAAACUCCAUGCAGUGAAGGAAAUGGAGGCUGUUCCCACCUGUGUCUUCUCUCCCCCGUUCCACCCUUCUACAGCUGCGCCUGUCCAACUGGAGUUAAACUUAAAGAGGAUGGAAAGACCUGUCGGCCAGGGGCGGAACAGGUUCUUUUACUUGCUCGUCGCACCGACCUCCGCCGGAUCUCUCUGGACUUGCCCGACUUCACGGAUAUCGUCCUACAAGUCAGUGACAUUCGCCAUGCAAUCGCCAUCGACUACGACCCGGUGGAAGGCUACGUCUACUGGACAGACGAUGAGGUCAAGGCCAUCCGCUGCGCUCGUAUCGAUGGCAGCGAUGCCCAGACGCUUGUCACCAACGAGGUCAACCAUCCCGAUGGAAUUGCUGUGGAUUGGGUGGCACGCAACCUCUACUGGACGGACACGGGCACUGAUCGCAUCGAGGUGACCAGACUAAAUGGUACUUCUCGGCGUGUCCUCAUAUCAGAGAACCUGGAUGAACCGAGAGCCAUUGUGUUGGAUCCCGUGAAUGGGUACAUGUACUGGACAGACUGGGGGGAGAUUCCCAAAAUUGAACGAGCAAACCUGGACGGCACAGACCGCGUUGUUCUGUUGAACACCUCCCUUGGCUGGCCCAACGGUUUAGCCAUUGACUGUGUUGCAGGAAAGCUUUACUGGGGCGACGCCAAAACGGAUAAAAUUGAGGUAAUAAAUGUGGAUGGCACUAAUAGGAUGACCAUUCUAGAGGACAAACUGCCCCAUAUCUUUGGCUUUACGCUGCUGGGAGAAUAUAUCUACUGGACGGACUGGCAGAGGAGGAGCAUAGAACGAGUUCACAUCGCCAAUGCCACCCGUGAUAUCAUUGUCGAGCAGCUUCCUGACCUCAUGGGUCUCAAAGCCACGAAAGUCAUAGAAACUUCUGGCACCAAUGGUUGUGCAGAAAACAAUGGUGGCUGCAGUCAUCUGUGUUUCCAUCGACCUCAAGGUCUGAGCUGUGCCUGCCCAAUGGGCUUGGAGCUUUUGAGUGACCUGCGGACGUGUGUGGUGCCAGAGGCCUUCCUGCUCUUCACUAAUCGCGCUGACAUCCGCAGCAUUUCUCUGGGCACCAACAGCAAUGAUGUGCCUAUUCCGCUCACAGGGGUCAAGGAGGCCUCAGCGCUGGACUUUGACGUAUUAGAGAACAGAAUCUACUGGACUGAUGUCAGCACCAAGACUAUAAGCAGAGCCUUCAUGAAUGGCAGUUUGGUUGAACCAGUGAUUGAGUUUGGUUUGGACUAUCCAGAGGGCAUGGCCGUGGACUGGAUGGGCCGAAACCUCUACUGGGCUGACACUGGCACCAAUCGUAUUGAGGUGGCUCGCCUGGAUGGCCAGUACCGACAAGUGCUGGUCUGCAAAGACCUGGACAACCCUCGCUCUCUUGCUUUGGACCCAGCUAAUGGGUACAUGUACUGGACUGAAUGGGGCGGUCGUCCCAGGAUAGCUCGCGCUCACAUGGAUGGCAGUAAUAUCGUUACUUUGGUAGACAAAGUGGGCCGAGCCAAUGGACUUACAAUUGACUACAUCGACCACCGGCUCUACUGGACAGACCUGGACACCUGCAUGAUUGAGUCUACAAACAUGCAAGGUUUGCUGAGGGAAAUAGUGGCCGAUGAUCUUCCCCAUCCGUUUGGCCUCACCCAAUACCGCGACUACAUCUACUGGACGGACUGGAACCUGCGCAGUAUUGAGCGGGCAGACAAGCGUACUGGGCUGAACCGAACAAUGGUGCAGGGAAACCUUGAGUACGUAAUGGACAUUCUGGUUUUCCACUCCUCCAGACAAGAUGGCGCCAACGAGUGUUCGCAGAACAAUGGCCUUUGCGCUCAUCUUUGCCUGGCAUCACCCUCUGGAGCCCAGUGUCGUUGUGCUUCUCACUAUACCCUAGAGGCAAACGGACGCAACUGCAGCUCACCCUCUAGCUUCCUGCUCUUCAGUCAGAAGAGUUCCAUCAGUCGAAUGGUCUUGGGAGAACAGAGUCCAGACAUGAUUCUGCCCAUCCAUGUCAUGAAGAAUCUGCGAGCCAUCAGUUUCGAUCCUCUAGAGCGAUUGGUCUACUGGGUGGAUGGCCGUCAGAACAUCCGCAGAGCCCGAGAUGAUGGCACACAGGCAUCUACAGUUAUGAACCCAACAAGUCUCCACUCGAAGCAGCCCUAUGACCUGAGUCUGGACCCCUACAGCCGCACUGUCUAUUGGACCUGCGAGGCCACCAACACCAUCAACAUCCACCGCAUGGACGGUCACCUUAUCGGAGAGGUCCUAAAAGAUGAUGCGGAUAAGCCACGUGCUAUUGUUGUGAAUGCCGAGAAAGGGUAA